UGUGUGCUUGGCCAAUACAGUGCACAGAGCAACUGGGGCUGGGGUGAGCAGCGUGCGGGGAGGCUCUGUAAGCCGCGCGCCUGAGUUGGUUGAGUUUUGAGUGAGCGUUGCGUUAUCGUCAAAUGUGCGCGGGUUGGGAGCACGGCGUCACGGUGGGCAGCCGAGCUAAAGCGCCCCAAGCUCUCGCCUAUUCGCGCUCUCUUUCUCUAUCCCAGACGGAGCCACACGAGCAACUCCUGGUGGAACGGAACACGAGAGGAACUUGGGAUAAGUCAGUGGGCCGCGGCGUCUCCCAUCAACGGCGCCUGUCAACAGAGGUCCUCGUCAUCCACAGCUCGCCAGGCAGACGGUGCUGCCUGUAAAUAGGAGAGGGGCCAGACGCUGUCAUGGAGGAGCUGGCGCCGCAGCCCCGCACGCUGGGCGAACUGCAGCUUUUCCGCGUGCUGCAACGCGCCAACCUCCUCUCCUACUACCAGACCUUUGUGGAGCAGGGCGGGGAUGACGUUCACCAGCUGUGCGACGCCGAGCAGGAAGAGUUUCUGGAGAUCAUGGCACUGGUCGGCAUGGCCAGCAAACCCCUUCAUGUGCGCCGUCUGCAGAAGGCCCUGCAGGAGUGGGUUAACAACCCUUCUGUAUUCAGUCAGGUUCUGCCGGCGUUUGCUUGUGCCAGCAUCCCCAUCUCCAAGAUCUCCAACAUCACAACUGCCACUGCCACCGAAGGCCUGAAUCUUGGCCCGAAGCAGGCCACGACUGGCUCCGCCAGCGCAGGAGCGAGCACGCGCGUUGUUGUGGAAAAUCACAAAAGCGUUUCCAGCACCACCACCACCACCACCACCGGCAAGCAACACCUGGCGCCAAAUCCUGGCGUCACAGCGAUGGGCGUGGCAUCGAGCAAUGCCAAACAGUGCCUACCUUCCGUCUCCGGCUCUGUGUCGUGCACCGCGCGAAACACGCCGGCGUCUGUCGCAAGCAAUGCUUGCAGGGUCAACAGCAACAGCGGCAGCAGCAGCAGCAGCAGCAGUCUCGGGAUCAUUACUAGCACCAUUGCCAAUACCGGUUGUGGCAGUGGUAGCAACGGAGGUGGUAAUAGUUUUGGCAGAGAGAAUGGACUGACACAUGGCUCCACGAGAGCAGCUUGGCCGGGGGACGUCGCCGACACGGGCGUAUGCGGUGUUGGCGGGGGCAACGCCGCGGGCGCCACGGACGACGGCGCGUUGUCGGCCGGUUCCUCGGGCGACGGGGAUGGCCCAGGCGGCGAGCUGGAUCCCGAGACGCGGCGCAUCAUCACGGAGUGUUCCGCCCAGGCGCUGGGGCCCGCUCACCGGCCGCUGGAACGAGCCGAGGUGCAGGAGGUGCUGCGCGCCAACAAGAAGAUGGCCGCCCACAUGGGGCACAUCUUUGAGAUGGACGAUGGCGACGAGAGGCGCGAGGACGAGAUCCGCAAGUUCAGCGCCAUCUACGGCCGCUUUGACUCGCGCCGUAAGGAUGGCAAGCAGCUCACGCAGCACGAGUUGAGUGUGAACGAAGCUGCAUGCCAGCUGUGUCUGCUGGACAUGUCGCUGCUUACGCGCCGGGACGAGCUCUUCCCGCUUGCUCGUCAGGUUGUGCGUGAGUCCGGAUACAAGUACAGCCAACGCUACUCCAGCCGGGUCCGGCCAGUGGAGGGCCCAGUCUGCAAGAGGCCUCGCAUAGAAGCUGGGGUCAUCCCUGCCUCAUGCCAAGAGACUUCGACCUCCCGCACCCUGCAGGCUCAGAUCACGAAGCUCAAGAGACAGCCAUAUGGCCACAGGGGAAGAGGAGACCAAUGGGGGGAGGAGUGGGAGAGAAGACCGCAUGCCUCCUGUGUGCAGGACCGCAUGGUGGAGGUGCAGGAGGCCCUGAGAGCCAUCCCACUCAAGCAGGACGGCCUGAAGCAGCGCAUGCACGAAGCCCAGGACAAGCAGGACCUGAGUUCUGCACAUAGCUUUCAGGCGGAGUUGGAGCAGGUGACCAUGGAGCAGCUGUCCCUCAUCCAGGAGCAGACCGAUCUCAUCAAGAAGCAGCGUCGCUCCGACCGCUACUUUCAGGCGAAGGCACGCAGCCACGGCACAGCAAGCGACGACGAUGGGGAAGAUUACGGCGACACAGACAGCAGCGGGGACGAGAUGCGCCAUGAGCCGCCGGGGUGUGGAGGGUGCGGUGAUGCGGGAGACGCCCCGUCGCCACGGCACAACGGGCCCCCUGACCCUCAUGAGCCGUCCCAGGGGCCAACCGGUGUUCAACCACCCUCGUGGAAGCACUCGCUGGCUGCGGACGAGCCGCGUCCGCGCACGCGCCACCAGUUGACGGGGCAGCCGCUCAAGCAGGAGCCCGCCUGGUCCGACACGGAAGAGGGCGGAGGGUCGAGCACAGGGAGAGGAAGUCAAACGGAGCAGGAGGAGUGGGAAACGCAAGUGAAAGAGGAGCAGCGAAACUCGUGUUGAUCACGUGUGCCCCAGCUGUUGCUUCUCCCUACACAUGUGUAGGACAUGACGCUUUUGUCUGUCUUUGGACGGAAGCUGCUGGCUACAGAGCCAGUAUUGUGGUACGUUAUGGAUCAAAGCAUAUAGUCAUCACUGACACGUAUGUCCUUGUCACGGUCGAUGGUGUUUGAUGUUAAUCGUCAGGUUAGGCUUUAAUUAUCCACGUUAUACAGUGAGGGAAAAAAGUAUUUGAUCCCCUGCUGAUUUUGUACGUUUGCCCACUGACAAAGAAAUGAUCAGUCUAUAAUUUUAAUGGUAGGUUUAUUUGAACAGUGAGAGACAGAAUA